CGGACACUGUCUCCCCGGAUCUAGCCGGGCCGAGGCAGGCAGGCAGGCAGGCGGACGGGGUGAGGGGAAGCAGUGGAGCAGGGAGCAGAAGCGCUAGGGUAGUGGUCGCGGCGCGGCGGCGGCGGCGGCGGCUCCUCUGGAGGCCGGGGAUGUGGGAGAGGCGGUGGCAGGAGCGGCGGAGGCGGCGCUGCGGACCCGGGGGAAACUGCUGGCUGACAGGACACCCGGGAGAGACGUGAGGGAGCCGCCGCUGCCGCCUCUCACCCCCGAGCGGAGCUGGGCUCGAGAGGGCGGCCCUGUGCUCCCCCAGCCGACUAGCCAGCCGGCGCGGGGCGGGGGCGGGAAGCCGGGCUCGGGCCCAGCCGGGCUCCGGGCGGCGGCGGCCGCGGAGCAGCAGCCUCGGCGCGACGUGGAGGGUUGGAGGCGGCGGCGAUGCACUAGGCCUCGCUCUGGGGCUGCUGCCCGGGACCCGCAGUUGAGUGGUGAUUUUAUGCAAUGGCUUCAAGCCACAGUUCUUCACCAGUGCCUCAAGGAAGCAGCAGUGAUGUUUUCUUUAAAAAAGAGGUAGACCCGGCAAAACACAUUCGACCUGUGCAGUCACUGCCAGAUGUGUGUCCCAAGGAGCCCACAGGUGAUUCAAAUAGUUUAUGUGUUGCCCCAUCUCUAGUUACAGAUCAACAUAGAUGGACUAUAUAUCAUUCCAAAGUAAAUCUCCCAGCAGCAUUAAAUGAUCCUAGAUUAGCAAAGAGAGAAUCUGACUUCUUCACAAAAACAUGGGGAUUGGACUUUGUGGACACUGAAGUCAUACCUUCAUUCUACCUCCCACAGAUCAGCAAGGAACAUUUUACAGUAUAUCAACAGGAAAUCUCUCAGAGAGAGAAGAUUCAUGAGAGAUGCAAGAAAAUUUGUCCUCCUAAAGAUACCUUUGACAGGACUCUCUUACAUACUCAUGAUAAAUCCAGGACAGAUCUGGAGCAAGUACCUAAGAUUUUUAUGAAACCAGAUUUUGCCUUGGACGAUUCGUUAACUUUUAAUUCAGUUUUACCAUGGUCUCAUUUUAAUACUGCUGGUGGAAAAGGAAAUCGUGAUGCAGCUUCCUCAAAGUUGCUACAAGAAAAGCUGAGCCAUUAUCUGGAUAUUGUGGAAGUAAACAUUGCUCACCAGAUCUCUCUACGUUCAGAAGCAUUUUUUCAUGCAAUGACCUCUCAACACGAAUUGCAGGACUACCUCAAGAAAACUUCCCAGGCUGUAAAAAUGCUUCGAGAUAAAAUUGCACAGAUUGAUAAAGUAAUGUGUGAAGGAUCACUACACAUUUUAAGACUGGCACUUACCAGAAAUAAUUGUGUUAAAGUAUACAAUAAACUGAAAUUAAUGGCCACUGUACACCAGACUCAGCCUACAGUACAGGUGUUGUUAUCUACUUCUGAAUUUGUCGGAGCAUUGGACUUAAUAGCAACAACACAAGAGGUUCUACAGCAGGAACUUCAGGGCAUUCACAGCUUCCGGCAUUUGGGAUCACAGCUUUGUGAAUUAGAAAAACUGAUAGAUAAAAUGAUGAUUGCAGAAUUUUCUACUUAUUCUCACAGUGACUUAAAUAGACCAUUGGAAGAUGACUGUCAAAUUUUAGAAGAGGAAAGACUAGUAUCUCUUGUAUUUGGACUUUUAAAACAAAGAAAACUUAACUUUUUAGAAAUAUAUAGUGAAGAAAUGAUUAUUACAGCAAAGAAUAUCAUUAAACAGUGUGUGAUUAAUAAAGUUUCACAAAUAGAAGACAUAGACACAGAUGUUGUUUUGAAGCUUGCAGAUCAGAUGAGAAUGUUGAAUUUUCUUCAGUGGUUUGAUCUGCUAAAGGAUAUUUUCUCUAAGUUUACAAUUUUCCUACAGAGAGUUAAGGCAACGUUAAAUGUCAUUCACAGUGUUGUUCUCUCAGUUCUUGACAAAAAUCAAAGGACUAGAGAAUUGGAGGAGAUUUCGCAGCAGAAGAAUGCUGCAAAAGACAAUUCACUGGACACGGAGGUGGCUUAUUUAAUCCAUGAAGGCAUGUUUAUAAGCGAUGCAUUCAAUGAGAGUGAAUUAACACCUAUAACAAUUGACACUACCUCUCAAAGAAAUGCAUCUCCAAAUAGUGAGCCCUGCAGCAGUGAUUCGGUAUCCGAACCAGAAUGUGCUACUGAUUCUUCAUCCAGCAAAGAGCAGACAUCAUCAUCUGUUACUCCAGGAGCUGUGGAUAUUAUGGUCAAUGAAGACAUGAAAUUAACUGACUUAGAGCUGGGAAAGCUGGCAAAUAAUGUCCAGGAGUUAUUAUAUAGUGCCUCAGAUAUAUGCCAUGAUCGAGCCGUCAAAUUUCUCAUGUCAAGAGCAAAGGAUGGUUUUCUUGAGAAACUAAAUUCCACAGAAUUCAUAACACUUUCCAGAUUAAUGGAAACAUUCAUUUUAGAAACUGAACAGAUCUGUGGAAGAAAAAGCAUGUCAUUACUUGGAGCACUUCAGAGCCAAGCUAAUAAAUUUGUAAACAGGUUUCAUGAAGAGAGAAAAACCAAACUCAGCCUCCUCUUAGACAAUGAGCGCUGGAAGCAAGCUGAUGUUCCCGCAGAAUUUCAGGAUCUUGUUGAUUCUAUAGCAGAUGGAAAGAUUGCUUUACCUGAAAAAAAAUCAGGGGCUGCAGAAGAAAGGAAACCAGCUGAAGUUCUCAUUGUCGAGGGACAACAGUAUGCUGUUGUUGGAACCGUAUUGCUGUUGAUAAGAAUUAUCCUUGAAUAUUGCCAGUGUGUGGAUAAUAUCCCAUCUGUUACUACUGACAUGCUCACUCGUCUAUCAGAUUUAUUGAAGUACUUCAAUUCAAGAAGUUGCCAGUUAGUUCUUGGAGCUGGUGCACUGCAAGUUGUUGGACUAAAAACAAUAACUACAAAAAAUUUGGCUCUUUCUUCACGCUGUUUGCAGUUAAUCGUGCACUACAUUCCUGUGAUCAGGGCUCAUUUUGAAGCUCGACUGCAGCCUAAGCAGUAUAGUAUGCUUAGGCAUUUUGAUCAUAUCACUAAGGACUACCAUGACCACAUAGCUGAAAUAUCAGCUAAGCUUGUAGCGAUAAUGGAUAGCUUAUUUGACAAGCUGUUAUCUAAGUAUGAAGUGAAAGCUCCCGUUCCUUCUGCCUGUUUCAGGAAUAUUUGUAAGCAAAUGGCAAAAAUGCAUGAAGCUAUAUUUGAUCUCCUUCCAGAAGAACAAACACAAAUGUUAUUUUUAAGAAUUAAUGCAAGUUACAAACUCCACUUGAAAAAGCAAUUAUCUCACUUAAAUGUGAUAAAUGAUGGAGGACCUCAAAAUGGGUUGGUCACAGCAGAUGUAGCUUUUUACACUGGAAAUCUUCAAGCCUUAAAAGGCCUUAAAGAUUUGGACCUAAAUAUGGCCGAGAUCUGGGAACAGAAAAGGUGAUGACAUACUGGAAAACUGGGUAGUUCAUCUUACCAUGGGAUGUGUAUGUUUGUGACGAAAAUAUGGAUGCCUGUGAUUCAAGAACUGAACCUGGAACCCAAAGUGAACUGGGGUUGGGGAAGGGGAAAAGGAAAGUAUCAGUGUUGGGAAACUGGGAUUCAAUGGGAUCUACAAGGAAUGCCAUUUGUGUGCUUCCUUUGGUGAGGAGUAACUGAUCAGGUGUCUAUAAUAUUUUUCAUUCUCUCUGGAAACAGACUCAGGUUUCUUUGGACCAAAUCCAAAAGAACACAUAGCUGUAACACAGCUGUAGUUGACUAGAAUGCUCUGUAUACUUUAUAUUAAAAAAUGCUUUGCAUUUCUUCCAGUGCAAUGAAAUUCAUAUGGUGUCCCACCUUAUUUAAUGAUGGUACAAUUUAAAAUAUUAAAAUCUUACUCAACCUCUGUAGAAAGUUUUCUCUAUG